AUUCUUUAUAAACAUGUUUCAUUCACAUUUCAUCAGCUCUCAUAAUCAACUUUUAAUUAUAGUUUCAACAAAAGCAUUCUUCAACCUCAUCCCCUCUUCCAUUUCUUUCUCUCAAGAAGAAGAAAAUUGAAAAUGGGCAUAUUUCUCCCUUGUCCUUUGCCUUGCCAUUGCGACAAGCACCAAGAUUCCGACCAACCACAAACCAAUCUCCAUUCUGAUUCAUCUUCAAAUUCAUCGCUUACUUCGCAAUCAAGUCUCCCUUCAGUUCCUUCACUGACACCCCAUUCCCAGGCCCUGGAUCACGCCUCCGCCGCCCGUUACCACUGCUUAGCCACUCUCAAGGGCCACUCUUCCUAUGUAUUCUCCCUCGCUCUCGCCGGAAAGCACCUCUACAGCGGCGGUUCCAACGGUGAAAUCCGUGUAUGGGAUCGUAACCCCUCUUCGUUAUCCCAGAAUUACAUUGUUUCAGAAGGCUACAGCGCCGUGAAAUCCAUAGUAGUCUUAGGCGACAAGCUCUUCACGGCGCACCAUGAUCACAAAAUCCGCGUCUGGAGAAUUGCUAACUCCACACCCCAUCAAAAAUACAAGCUUAUUACAACGUUACCAACUGUGAACGACCGUUGCAUGAGGCUUUUCUCUGCGAAAAACUAUGUCCAAGUGCGCAGGCACAAGAAGUCGACGUGGGUUCAUCAUGUGGACACAGUUUCCUGUCUUGUUUUAUCAAGAGAUGGUUCUUUACUCUAUUCUGUUUCGUGGGAUAGAACCCUCAAAGUGUGGCGAACUUCUGAUUUCAAGUGCGUAGAAUCAGUGCAGAAUGCUCAUGAUGACGCAAUAAACGCCGUCGUCGUAUCCAACGACGGGGUUGUCUACACGGGCUCGGCAGAUACAACGAUCAAGAUUUGGAAAAAACCCGAUGGCGGGAAGAAACAUUCACUUGUUUCUACACUGGAAAAGCAUAAAUCUGCUGUGAACGCGUUGGCCUUAAGCACAGAUGGGUCUGUUUUAUAUUCCGGCGCCUGCGACAGGUCAAUAAUUGUGUGGGAGAAAGACGACGGCGCCGCCCAUCUGGCGGUGGCGGGGGCGCUGAGAGGGCAUAAGAAGGCUAUUUUGUGUUUGGCCGUUGUGUCGGAUUUAUUGUGCAGUGGGUCAGCAGACAAGACAGUGAGAAUUUGGAGGAAAGGGAGUGGGAGGAGUUAUUCAUGUUUGGCAGUGUUUGAAGGGCACAGAAGCCCUGUCAAAUGUUUGACAGCAGCUUUGGAUAAUAACCAGAGUAGUAAUAAUAAUUCAGGCAAUUCUUACCUGGUUUACAGUGGGAGUCUGGAUUUUGAUAUUAAGGUUUGGCAAAUUUUUGUCCCCUUCUAACUUCUAAGCUCUAUAUAUUUUCUUCGGAGGAGGAGGAGGAUACAGACUACUGUAUUCUUGUACAUAUAUAGAAAUUGAAGGUCUUCCUUUAUUGUUUUUUGGGUUUUGGAAUUUAGAGAUUUUGUUCGCUCUUGGAAGAGUGAGGUGUUGUAAUAUUGUAUCAGUGUCCGAGGAGUUUCCAAAAGAAAAAAAGAAAGAAAGAAACAGCUCAUAAUUAUAUAUC